UUAUACGUUAUUCUGGAAAAAAUAUUAAUCAUAAACAUCUUCCAAAUCCUGCUGCAUUAGAAAUACGUGAUCUUAAAGAAAAAAUGCGCCAAAGAGCUGAAACAGAAUUAGUACCAUUACAAGAAAUUGCUGAACAAGAAGUUCGAAAUGGUUUAUUAACAGGUGAUGCACUAGCUAAUUUACCAAAUAUUUUUGAAAUUGGUCGUGGUUUAAGUCAUGUUCGGCAAAAAAAUCUUCCUUCGAUACCAAAUUCAUCAUCUUUUGUCAUACCCGAUAAGUACACAAGAGAUUAUCUUGAUCAUGAUCGUUUAUUAUUACAUGAUAGUACAGAUCCACAUUUUCAAUUUGAUUCAUCAGAUGAUAUACAACCAUCAGGAAGAAUUUUAAUUUGGUCAUCAGAUAUUCAACUUCAUUUAUUAUUUAACAGUGAACGAUUACAUAUGGAUGGUACAUUUUCCACUUCACCUCCACAUUUUGCUCAAGUCUUUAUUAUACAAACAAUAUAUCAUGAAUCUUUUUAUAGACAUGUUCAAUCACAAGGUUUAUCAUCUAGUUAUCUGAAUAAUAUGAUGGUUCGAAAUGUUAUUAAACAAGCAAUGGCAUUAGCAUUAGUACCUCCAUCACAUGUUCAAGUAUUAUUUAAUGAACUUGGUCAAGAAUUAAAUGAUGAUGAACGUGAAGAAAUUUCGGGUUUAUUACAAUAUUUCAAGAACCAUUGGAUGCGUCAAGUAUCGAUAUGGAAUGUUUAUGAAAUACCUGAUCGAACAAAUAAUUAUAGUGAAGGCUACAACAACAGAUUUAAAAGACGUCUACAGAAAAUUCACCCGAAUAUUUGGCAUUUCAUAGAUUCAAUUCGAGAAGAAGUUCAUACUAUUCAUGAUUUAAUUCAACAAAUUAACAGUGGGAUGCCGCCUCGAACAAAAAGAUCUCAAACAAGGACAUCUGAACGACGCAUCAAAGAACUUUAUAAUCGAUUUAAUCAAAACAAAAUUACAGUACAAGAACUUUUACGUGGUCUUUCUUUUUAUGUUGCAAAUAAAAAAUAA